UGUGGGCACCACAGCAGGGGUGGCACCGCUGCAGCAGUGGCUCUGCAGGUUCUGGUGGCACCUCCAGCGAUGAUGCAGGGGCGCCGGGCCCCCGGCAACCGCGCUCUGCUGGCGCUGCUGAAAGCCCUGGCAGCCUCUGCAGCCCUGGCAAUGCUGGUGGCACUGUAUGCCCACAUCACCACGAGGGUCCAGGUGGAUGAGCCCAGGCUGCUGGGGGCAGCUCCUGCACUGCUUAAUUGGGGUCAUGGUGGCUCAGGCCACCUGCCUGCACAGCGCUCCAGAGAGGGAGGGACAGACUGUGCCAUGGAGCCAUUCCACGUCUAAACAACAGCCACUGCCAUCAGAGCCGGGGAACUACGUGGAAAUAUUCCAGUUGAGCACCUCUGCUCUGUUCACAGAUGUGUCUGGAGGCAAUGGAGGUGCAGGUUCUGGAUCUGACUCUCCUGAAGGUCACAUGGAUGUGUUCUCCCUCUGGGAACUGCCAGUUCAAAGCCCGACUGUGAGCGAGGCAUCUCCUGCAGGUCCAAAGAACGGAACUGAGCCUGGAGACAUUUACUGGCAGCUGGAGGAAACGCUGACUGAAGUCCUGGGUGCCCUGAAGGACAUGCCUGAUGCUGUGGAGCUCGUGCCUGGGGAUGAGGAGGCACCACAGGGAGGCCUUCAGGAGGUGCCAUUCCCUGGGGGAAACCUGGGGGCUGCUCAGCCAACAGGAGUGCCAGGUGUGGACAAGAGGAGACUGGGCAGGACCAACCCCAAGGCUGUGGCUGGCAGGGCAAACAGAGGAGCAGUGGAUGCUGACACCUCCAGGAAGGUCCUUCUCAGCAACUGCCUGGUGGCUGUGGCCGGGCUUCUGACUGCUCUGUUCCUGUGCUUGGUGCUCCCUGCCUGGGCAAAGGAUGUGCAGGGGCACCUCGCGUCCUGGAGAUCUCGUUUCCGGCCCCUGGGCAGCCGGGAGGAGGUGGAAAUUUAGCAGUGGG